AGUAACCUCUCAUCUCUGGGAGGGGAUUGGGAGUAACCCAGGACGCCUAGACUCUCUUGAAUCUUGAUACAGCUUUUCGCGCCAUGCGAUUAGCUUCGCUCAGCCUAUAAAUACCUAAUUUUGGGAGUGUUCUUCCCCUUUCAUUUUCAUCUUUCCAUUCGAUUACUCUUCGGUAUCUGCUGUUGACGAACUUGGAAGCUGCUAUAAUGGACGGCCACUUGUUCAACAAUAUCCACCUUGGAGGCCGUGGAGGCAACGUGAAUCCAGGGCAACUCAAGGUUCACGCAGGAGGUAUUCUGUGGAAGAAGCAGGGUGGAGGUAAGGCUGUAGAGGUGGACAAAGAUGAUGUCAUGAGCCUUACUUGGAUGAAGGUUCCUCGAUCGAAUCAGCUUGGAGUUCGAAUUAAGGACGGGCUCUACUACAAAUUUACAGGUUUCCGUGACCAGGAUGUUUCCAACCUGACCACUUUUUUCCAGAGUAGUUGUGGAAUAACUCCAGAAGAGAAGCAUCUCUCUGUUAGUGGGAAAAAUUGGGGUGAAGUUGAUAUAAAUGGCAAUACACUUGCAUUUCUUGUUGGCUCUAAGCAAGCAUUUGAGGUAUCUCUGGCAGAUGUCUCACAAACACAGCUACAGGGAAAAAAUGAUGUCAUGUUAGAGUUUCAUGUUGAUGAUACAACAGGAGCGAAUGAGAAAGAUUCAUUGAUGGAGAUAAGUUUUCACAUACCCAAUUCAAACACCCAAUUUGUUGGUGAUGAAAGCUAUCCUCCAGCUCAGGUGUUCCGUGACAAAAUUGUGGCAAUGGCCGAUGUUAGUGAUGGGGAGGAAGCUGUUGUUACAUUUGAUGGCAUUGCUAUACUGACUCCUAGGGGUCGAUAUAAUGUUGAACUUCAUCUUUCUUUCCUCCGUCUACAAGGGCAAGCUAAUGACUUUAAGAUUCAGUACAGCAGUGUUGUCCGUAUUUUCUUACUGCCGAAGGUUAGUCAACCACACACCUUUGUUGUUGUUACCCUUGAUCCACCAAUUCGGAAAGGUCAAACAUUGUACCCACACAUCGUUUUGCAGUUUGAAUCUGAGUAUGUGGUAGACACUGCUCUAACAAUGAGUGAAGAAGUUUUAAAUGCAAAAUACAAGGACAAAUUAGAGAUGACAUAUAAGGGGCUUGUCCACGAUGUGUUUACUAAAAUAUUGCGUGGCCUGUCUGGUGCUAAAAUCACUGGACCUGGUAAGUUCCGUAGCCAUACACAAGGUUUAGCUGUGAAAUCAUCAUUGAAAGCUGAAGAUGGACUCUUAUAUCCUCUUGAAAAGGGAUUCUUCUUUCUGCCCAAACCACCAACCCUUAUGCUGUAUGAUGAGAUUGAGUAUGUGGAAUUUGAGAGGCAUGCUGCUGGUACAGCAAAUAUGCAUUACUUUGAUCUUCUUGUGAGACUUAAGACUGAACAAGAACAUCUCUUCCGGAAUAUCCAGAGAAGCGAAUACCAUUGUCUUUAUACUUUCAUCAGUGGGAAGGGCAUGAAAAUACUGAGCAGUGGGGAUUCCCGACCUGCAGAUGGUGUUACAGCUGUUUUGCAGGGCGAGGAUGAUGAUGCCGUUGACCCACAUCUUGAGCGAAUCAGGAAUCAAGCUGGUGAAGAUGAGAGUGAUGAAGAGGAUGAAGAUUUUGUCAUGGAGAAGGAUGAUGAAGGAUCUCCUACUGAUGAUUCUGGGGAAGAUGGAGGAUCCGAUGGCAGUUUAAGCGGGGAUGAGAAAGAGAAACCUCCAAAGAAGCCCAGAAAAGAUUCCUCAGCUCCUAAGCCAACUACAAGCAAGAAAAAAGCCGAUGAUGAGGGUACUUCAAAGAAGAGGAAACCAAAGAAGAAGAAGGAUCCGAAUGCCCCGAAAAGGGCAAUGACUGGUUUCAUGUUCUUUUCACAGAGUGAAAGAGAGAAUGUGAAGAAAUCUCAUCCUGGAAUCCCAUUUACAGAGGUUGGGAAGGUUCUUGGGGAAAGAUGGAACAAGCUUUCUGCUGAGGAGAAAGAACCGUAUGAGGCAAUGUCAAAGGCUGAUAAGAAACGCUACAAUGAACAGAUCACCGGCUACAAAAAUCAACAGUCAACAAAUGUGGAUGCAGGGGCGAAUUCCGAUUCAGACAGCGCUUGAAGGUUAUUUUCAUGCGAUCUUCGCAAAAAUAUAGUCUGUUAGCACUUUUCACCACUUGGUCUGUUUUGCAUAUUUUUAUGCAAAUCUUCUCUUGCUUUCUUUUGUGGGUUCUUUAAACCAAACCAAAUAGGGCAGAGGGAGUACUUUUUGCACCCUUUCUCAUUUUAAUUACAACUUUUUUGUUCUGUGCAAAAAAAGGCUAAAUGCCCAUUCUGGUCCAAACUUGAUAUACCCAUAACUCUGCAGGCUCAGUUUUACUUGGUGUUAGAUGCGAACUCUUACACUAUGUUU